GAUAUGUAUUGUUGUACAUUAUUCCUUUUUAGUUUUUAUUUUAUAACAACUGUGGACAAAAAUUUAAAUCAUAGAGAAAUCAUUUGCAAUGUCUGAACCUACUGUUGCUGAUGGUAAAGCAAAUGAUCGUUUAGCAGAAGGAAUUUUAAAUAUUUUAAAACCGGCUGUUGAGGAAAUCGAUCAAAAUGUUAUGAAUACGAGAAAAAGUCAAUUGUUACUCCGAGAGAAUAUUGAUAAACUGACUGUGGAGUUACAGACACUUGCUUCAGUACAAAAGCCUCCGAUUGAUUUGGAUCCUUAUGUGAAAAAGUUACUAGUUUGUCGACGUAAAGUCACUAUUGUAAAUAGUGUUCUGCAAAAUACACAGGAAAGACUUAAUAAACUUCAACAGAAUAUAAUAAGAGAUAUAAAUAGAAAGAAAACACUUGCAGAGUCUCCAUCUGUGUAAAAUAUGAAUUUUAAUGACUUAAACAGAAUUUACAAUAAAUUUCCAACCAUAUCUUAUGUUAAAGAAUGUAGAUUAAAAUAUAGCAUUUUAAUCGCCAAUAUCAUAGUCAACAGUUGUGUAAAAAGAUAUGUAACAUGAAAAAAGAA